GUGAAGGGCAGCGCCGCCUUUACUGGAGCGGCUUGGUCCAUGCAAUUGGCUGCUGCGCUCAGAGCCAUCUCCGGCCGUGUGAGAGCUGGGGUCUCCCGGCAGUACUGGCGCACAAGGGGUCCUGGCCGGGCCUUUUGCCUCCCAGGGAAAAAGAAAUGGAAGCCUUGACUGAUGCUACUUUCCUUGCAAGUAAAAUUGAAAACACACUGUGCCAGUACCACAGAGUUGAAGAUGAUAAGUGGAGAGUUGCUAAGAAAACGAAAGAUGUAACAGUUUGGCGGAAGCCAUCAGAUGAAUUCAAUGGAUAUCUCUACAAAGCUCAAGGUAUUAUGGAGGAUGUUACAAACAAUGUUAUAGAUUACAUACGUCCAGGACCUCGUCGCCUAGAUUGGGACACCUUAAUGACUUCAAUGGAUAUUGUUGAGCAGUUUGAAGAGAAUUGCUGUGUGAUGCGUUACACGACUGCUGGGCAGCUAUGGAACCUCAUUGCACCAAGAGAGUUUGUUGAUUUCUCCUAUACAACACAGUAUGAAGAAGGGCUUUUGUCAUGUGGUGUAAGUGUCCACUAUGAAGAAAUGAGACCAGAUUUUGUCCGUGGAUAUAAUCAUCCUUGUGGUUGGUUUUGUGUCCCACUUAAAGACAGUCUUGAUAGAAGUCUUUUGACAGGCUAUAUUCAGACAGAUCUUCGAGGGAUGCUUCCUCAGUCUGCAGUAGAUACAGCCAUGGCUAGCACUCUGGUAAACUUUUUUGGUGACCUCAGAAAAGCCUUGAAGGCCUAAUUGGAUGUGAACCAAAAUACCAUGAACUCAUCAUCAUCAUCAUCUUUCCUUUGUUAUGUGGUAAAAAUCUCAGGCUAGGUUAGAACUUUGUUGUUCUGGAGUAUGAUGCAUUCUUUUAUUUAGUGCCUAUAGAAGGCAUUUCAAUAUGGUUGUAGCAGACUUGGAACUACUGUACUGCUUAAAAACACAGAAGACUUGAUUUCAUCUUCUUAAGAGCUGACUAGUGUCUCAGUGGGAAUAUAUACUUAUUGGCUUCUUAGGAAUUAUUAGAAGCACAAACCUCAUUGUUGUUAGGAUCUUUCUAAAAACUUUGGUUUUCUUUUAUGUACUACUUUGUGUGCAAAAUAAUUUGUUGUAGAGUCUUAUGUAUAUUCAAAAUAAUUUUUCUGAUCUUACUGUUAAAUUCAUGUUUUAAAAAUUCUAUAAUCAUUUGCUUUGAGAUUGAUUUAGACUUAGAUGAAUUAGAUGAAACAAUAAUUUUUAAAAUUGUUUUUCGGAAGGUCUCCUUCACUGUUAAUUAACGUGCCAGUUAAGUAUUGAAAUGAGGAAGCAUAAGGGUUUCCCAUAACUCACAGUGAUACAAAUAAUUUUAUUUAUUAGAAUUCAAAAGUAGUUCCAUGUCAAUAGCCAGCCAUCAUUCUUCUGUUAAGUACCUAAGGUACACUGACUUGUGACCUCCUCAGAAAUACUUGAGGGUUUUUUGAGGGCUUGGGCUAUGGCAAAAACUGUAACAAAAUAUCUGUUUUAAAUGUGUGACUGUAGCAAUAAAUUUUACAGUAAUAGUCCA